AAAUGUUCCUUACUUGCAUGUCAUAAUUAUUGGCAUAUCGCACUUUACUAUAUCGAACUUGGGAAAUAUGAUGAGGCAUUGUCAUACUACACUAGAGAGAUUGAAGAACGUAUAAAAAGUGGCGCAAUGUUGGAUAUCGUGGAUGCAUCAUCAAUUCUUCUUCGCUUCCAUAUGGAAGGUAUUUCGGUUGAUAACCGAUGGAAAUCCCUUCUACCAAUUAUUAAACCACAUAUAAGUGAUCAUAUAUUAGCUUUUAAUGAUGCACACAUUCGUAUGGUCAUCGAAGGUUGCAAUGAUAGUACGAUCAGAAAAAAUCAUUGCGACAGUAUUACAAGUUUUAUAGAUAACAAUAGUGGUGAUAACAACGAACGAACACGAAAUUUAGGAAAACUUAUUUGUGAUGCAAUAACUUCUUAUUACAAUGGUGAUUAUCAUAAAGUUGUUCAAACAUUAGCACCCAUACGACACAAUGUGUAUAACAUAGGUGGCAGUAAUGCACAACGUGACAUAUUCACACAAUUACUUAUUCAUAGUGCUUUAUCUUCGACUGAAAUAGAUGAUCAUAAACUCGGAAAGGUGAUAUUGGAAGAGCGAAAUAUGGUAAAGAAGAAUUCAAGUUUGGGUCAAAGGUUACUGAACAAAUAUAACCAGUUGAAAUGA